CACCACCAUGGCAACCCUCACCCUCACAGAGGCCCGCGUCCCUCGUCGCCUGCCCAAAAAUGUCAAGCUGCCGCCCGAGAACGAGCGCUACAUGCGCGCCUGCGCCGACAUUGCCAGCGCCCUCAUCCAGGACUACGAGGCCCAGCUCGACAGCUCCAAGCCCAAGCGCGACAUCAACCUAAACGCCCUGCGCGGCCAGAUGGCCAAAAAGCACUUCCUCAGCACCCAGCCGCCGCUGACGGCCAUCAUCGCCGCCGUGCCCGAGCACUACAAGAAAUACAUUCUGCCCAAGCUCAUCGCCAAGCCCAUCCGCACCUCGUCAGGCAUUGCCGUCGUCGCCGUCAUGUGCAAGCCGCACCGCUGCCCGCACAUUUCCUACACGGGCAACAUCUGCGUCUACUGCCCUGGUGGUCCCGACUCCGACUUUGAAUACUCGACUCAGUCGUACACGGGCUACGAGCCGACAUCUAUGCGCGCCAUCCGCGCGCGCUACGAUCCCUACGAGCAGGCGCGUGGUCGCGUCGACCAGAUCAAGAGCCUGGGUCACAGUGUCGACAAGGUCGAGUACAUCAUCAUGGGCGGCACCUUCAUGUCGCUGCCGGAGAGCUACCGCGACGAAUUCAUCUCGCAGCUGCACAAUGCGCUGAGCGGCUACCAGACGACCAACGUCGACGAGGCCGUGGCCGCCGGCGAGAUGAGCAACGUCAAGUGUGUCGGCAUCACCAUCGAGACGCGCCCCGACUACUGCCUGGACCAGCACCUGAGCGCAAUGCUGCGGUACGGGUGCACGCGGCUCGAGAUUGGCGUGCAGAGCCUGUACGAAGACGUGGCGCGCGACACGAACCGCGGACACACUGUCGCGGCCGUGGCAGAGACGUUCAAGCUCGCCAAGGACGCUGGCUUCAAGGUCGUCUCGCACAUGAUGCCGGACCUGCCAAACGUGGGCAUGGAGCGCGACCUGGACCAGUUCCGCGAGUACUUCGAGAACCCCGCCUUCCGCACCGACGGACUUAAGAUCUACCCCACGCUCGUCAUCCGUGGCACCGGCCUGUACGAGCUGUGGCGCACCGGCCGCUACAAGAACUACACGCCGAACGCGCUGGUCGACCUUGUUGCGCGCAUCCUCGCCCUCGUGCCCCCCUGGACCCGCAUCUACCGCGUGCAGCGCGACAUUCCGAUGCCGCUGGUGACGGCAGGCGUCGAGAACGGCAACCUGCGCGAGCUGGCGCUGGCGCGGAUGAAGGACUUUGGGACGUCGUGCCGCGACGUGCGGACGCGCGAAGUCGGCAUCAACGAGGUGAAGAACAAGAUCCGGCCGAACCAGGUAGAGCUAGUGCGGCGCGACUACGUGGCCAACGGCGGGUGGGAGACGUUCCUGGCGUACGAGGACCCCAAGCAGGACAUAUUGAUCGGGCUGCUGCGGCUGCGCAAGUGCAGCGUGUCGCACACGUUCCGCAAGGAGCUCACGGGGCAGCCGACCAGCAUGGUGCGCGAGCUGCACGUCUACGGCACCGCGGUGCCCAUGCACAGUCGCGACCCCAAGAAGUUCCAGCACCAGGGCUACGGCACCCUGCUCAUGGAGGAGGCGGAGCGCAUUGCGCGCCACGAGCACGGCUCCAAGAAGCUGUCAGUCAUCUCGGGCGUCGGUGUCAGGAACUACUACCGCAAGCUGGGUUUCUGGAACGAUGGCGUUUACAUGAGCAAGUGGCUGAACGACGAGGACGCGGAGGACGAGAGCAGCGACGAGGAGGCCUAGACGGGAGGAGUGAGGGGCUGCUCGAAGGCGCAUCCAUGCAUUUCCAGGCGUUAAAAUGGGCGGGGCGGGAUGGUGUGGCUUGGCGGAGCAUAUAUGGUGUUUUUUGUUUGAUGGCAUAAGAGUACGAAGUGAAAACAAUGGCAUUACGUGGGGACAGACACGGGCACGGGUUUAUGGAAAGCAUUCGUUUAGAGAUGAAUAGAGGGAAAAAAAGAAAGCCGAGCUGGGUGGGCGCGUUGACGGCACGCGUCUUAACUACACAGUACCUACCUACCUACCUAACGUAGUUGACAGAAGAGCAAGGACACACGCCAUUGAACAAGUAGGCACAGUACAACCUCCGA